CACAGUAUCACUGCUAAAAGCCUAACCUGGAUGCAGCUGAGUUAUGGGUGAUAUGGCAUUCCCUCACUUUUAUGUCUUCAAGCAGCACCAUUUAAGUUAAUUUAAUUGUAAUUUUUUUGCAUGGAAUCUCAUGACUUGUGUGGUUUUAUGCUUAAACCAUAACUAUUGUGAACAAAGUUUUUUGUAAUACAUUUAAAUUAUAAUAAUGCCCUGUCACAUGACUACAAACAACCUUCCUCUUUUCUGAGUGUUAGCACUUUAAGAGCAACAUCUAAAACACUUGAAACAUGAAGACAGUUGUAGUUGUGUUUCUGGUUACAGUUUUAUUUCCUGGCAGUUUUGAAGAAGCCAGGUGGCCAACACAUACUGUUUGCAAAAAAGAUGGCCUGGAAGUAUACUACACAAGCUGUGAUCCCUUACAGGAUUUUGGGAUGAGCUUUGAACCAUGUCCUCCUCUUCUUUCACAGAAGGUCAACAUAAGAGUCUCCCUCAUACUAAGGCAAGAUAUCAAAAAUCUCUAUCUUACUAUUGAGGGUUUUGCCAAUGGGAAACCUGUCAUACAGUUUCAUUAUACUCUCUGUGAUCCCAGCUUUGAGAGGUUAAGUUUUUGUGGAAAAAAACGAGGAGAACUUAUUUAUUAUGAGGGAGCAGUCAAAAUACCAUUGCCAAUCAUUCCUCGGGGGCAUUUUGACAUUACCUUGCUGCUGCUGAAUCAAAAUCACUUUGGUAUUGUGUGUGCCAAUGUCACCAUCAUCAAAACAUAAGACCAAUGCAACUGCAUGUGAGCUGGACAGAAAUUCUGAUACAGCCUGAACAGUGUCAUUCUUUUAACCAUACAAAAAAACAAUCAUUUCAACCGAUUUCAAUUUAAUGCCUAAAAGUUCACUGACAAAUAUAAGACACAUAUUUCUUAUGUUACACGGAAAUUAUGUUGAAAGACACAAAAUCUAAAUUUGGCAGCAGGCGUUACCGGAGAAUAUUUAACUAAAUGGUUUGUUUUAUCAAUUUAAAAAUAAUAUCUUGAAUUUUCCACUGGGGUUAAUUCAGUCCAGGUGAAGUCUUGCAAUGUUUACAUAAACAAACAGACUUGUACCAAUGAGUUACUGGUAAACUAUGAGGCUUGCAUGUUUACAUUACAAAGGAAAAACAUACUCUGCAGGUCUGAAGACAUUGAGAAAAACUAAAAAAUAAUUUUCUUUGUUUUAUGAUGUUUGCUUCAUUCUAUGUAAUUUUAAGUGCUUUUACCUGUAUUCCUUUUUUUUGUUAUUUAUUUUUAUAAGUGUUUGAAGGCUCUGUUCAGGAGCUGCUCUUCAGGUCUAGUUGCCUGCUGUAGAUACAAGUAACUUGGUCUGUCAACGUGUCAUCAGUUGAUUUUCAGUCAUUCUGAAUGGUAAGGGGGUUACAGCGGUGAGGUGGUAUACAAACUGGGCAUUUCAAAAACUUGGAAACAAAUCAUUAGACUGUCCCACAUGUUCAUCAUUCACCGUCACUUCAGAUUCAUACUCAGAUCCAGCCCUACUUACAUCUGCAUGUUAUUAAAAUAUACAAGUUUUAAAUCAAGGAUAAAUGUAAAACUCUUUGAAAUAAAAUGCCA